CCAACUACCACGUGCUUUGCACUUGACAGAUUCGCUAUCAAAUCCUUGUUGGUUCCCUGAAUUCUGAAAGUCCCAGUCUACGUUUCCCUAAUUUACGCGACUAUGGACGGUGUUGAUCUUUACGCUCAGUUUAUAGCUUUACAUAGGCCUCAAUUGCAAGUGUCUGGGGUACCUGAAAAGUUCUGGAGAUGCCUUUUUCAGAAAGUUUCUAAUGAAAUAUUUGAUGCCGGUAAUGCAUUUUCCCUGCUUCUGAUCGACUAUGGCGAUGAGCCUCGAGAGGAAUGUGAUCCGGUUUGGACUGUCUGUGUGACAAAGGAGGACGGGAUCAGUGCAGACGACCCGGAAGCUGUAUAUUUGAUUGAUCACGCUUGGACUUUUCGGGUAGAUCAGGCCAGGAGCCAGCUUAAUGCCAUGCCUCAGCUCGUCGAUCGGAUGGCCGGCAUAAUGGGAAUCAACAGCGAGGACGAUAAUUGCGUGGAGAAGAUCAUGAAGUCAAUCUGGAAAUACUGCCAGAGCUAUUCUAUCCAAGCUAAUGGAGUCGCUGUUGAGGAUCAAAUAUCAAUUUGGUACAUCAUGGACGAACUUGGCUCUGGGAUUAAUCAUUCGGACGAUCCUAACUUCCGUAUAGUUCCAUUCUUAUAUAUUCCAUCACAAAUCACGUACAGCAUAUUAUUUCCGAUUGAAAGUACUGAAGCCGGAGAUGUUAUUAGUCGAGAUUAUCUGGAGAACAUUCCCAAAGAUACUCUUUAUCGCGAUGCACUUUUGCUGCCAUGGAAACAUUCGGAUCUUUCGGGAGAAGAUUUCACACAAAUAGAACCAUCGGAAGACUACUUCCUUGAAGGACACGCUUCAGAAAAUUAUACGGAUGGUCCAACAGAGUAUCCAGUAAUUGAUACUAAUCGACCACUAAGAGUUUAUUCUGAGUAUGAGGUAUUAACAAAUUCACUUACUGAUCCUGCGUUUGAAAUUGUUGAUGACCCCGAAAGUGCCGAUAUUCUAUGGCUCGCUACGCAUUUUAAAACAUUUGAUGAAUUUGCCCAGUCAACUCCAAAUAAGUUUAUAAAUCAAUUCCCAUACGAGUUCGUAUUAACUAUAAAGGAUUUAUUGAGUAUAGUUUGCCGACGUGGAGUGAAAGAUUCGAGUAGCGAGGAUUUGAGCACUUUGCACCGAUGGCUGCCCACAACAUAUAACUUGAGAACGGAACUCGUAAAAUUUGUAAGCUACUAUCAGAAUCGACAGAAGAAAAAAUUAGACAAUCAUUGGAUUAUCAAACCAUUCAACUUGGCCCGAGGUCUUGACACCUACAUUACAUCAGACCUCAUUCAAAUCACUCGCUUAUCCCAAACGGGUCCUAAAAUCGCACAAAAAUAUGUCGAGGAUCCAGUUCUCUUCGAACGACAAGAGCUGGGUGGAAAAGUUAAAUUCGAUGUUCGCUACGUGAUUUUAUUGAAGGACGUUGAAAAUCUAGAGGCUUACGUCUAUUCAAAUUUCUUCUUGCGGUUUGCAAAUAAAUCAUUCGCUUUAACAAAUUUCGACGAUUACGAGCAACAUUUCACGGUAAUGAAUUAUCGUGAAGAGGCUGAAUUGCGACACAUAAAGUGCUCCGAAUUUCUAGAUAUGUGGGUGCAACAGUAUCCUGAUCAUAGUUGGAAUGAAGUUGAAGAUAAUAUUUGCAGUAUGCUCAACGAGGCGUUUGUUUGUGCAACGUCGAAAAAGCCUCCGUGCGCGAUAGGUGCAUGCAAACAAUCUCGUGCACUAUAUGCCGCUGAUAUAAUGUUAGCAUGGGAAAAUGGUAGGAUACAACCGAAAUUGCUGGAAAUUAAUUGGAUGCCGGAUUGUAAACGAGCUUGUGAUUAUUAUCCUGAUUUUUAUAAUGAUAUAUUCAAAUUGUUAUUUUUGAAUGAAGCAAAUGAUGGCGUGUUUCGUAAAAUAAGCGAAUAAAAGUGUAUGAAUGGGCAGCUUUAUGGUUUUUUAUUC